AUGCCCGGCCCCUACGAGCACACCAAGUUCGAGGUCCGGGGCCCGCGCACGUCGAUCGUCGACAAGCACCAGAACUACACGAUCGCGGCCCCGGCGACGGUCGCGUCCGCCGACGCCAUCGGCGACGGCUGCAAGGCCCUCGACUACUGCUCUGGCAACGGCGCCUGCGACCACUGCACGUCGACGUGCUCCUGCGUCGACCGCCACGGCACCUUCGACAAUUCGCAGACGAACUUCAACUGCGAGGAGAUCAAGUGCCCCAUGGGCCACGCCUGGGCGGGCAUGCCCACGCAGCCGGGCUUCGCCCACGGCGACUUGGUGCCCUGCUCGGGCACGGGGUUGUGCAAGGGCACGUCGGGCACGUGCACGUGCUUCGGGGACUGGAGCGGGCCCGCAUGCGAGCGCCGCGCGUGCCCCGGCUGGGACGCGGACUUUGGGGACUGCAGCGGCCACGGCACCUGCGCUACCAUGCGGGCCCUGGCCAUGCUCGACGAGGCCCUGCCGUUGACGAGCCGCGAGAACCGGUCCUACGCGCACUCGAACAACCAGCGGCCGUCGCACACGUGGGACGCGGACCGCAUCUUCGGCUGCGUCUGCGACUCGUCGUGGAAGUACUUCGGCGCCGACUGCUCCUUGAUGCACUGCCCGUCGGGCGACGACCCCAUGACGCGGCGCGACGAGACGGACUGCUUCAACGUCACCGCGGACGGCGGCUACGGCGUCGGCAAGGUCGGCAACAAGUGCCACGUCGACUGCUCGAACCGGGGGCUCUGCGACCACGAGUCGGGCCUCUGCAAGUGCUUCGCCGGCUUCUACGGCCCGGCCUGCGACACGAUCAACGUGAAGGCGCUGCAGGAGGAGUUGUAA